AUGGCUUCGUUCAUCACCACCAUGUCUGUCCCCGCUACCCCUCCCGUUACCCAUUCCCCUUCCCCUGGGGAGCCUACCUCUCGCUCCCCGCAAUCCCACUUCCCUUCUAUUAUCAGCCCUUCCGCCCUGUAUCAGACUACUCGCACUUCUCAUCUUCCCCUCUCGGAGCCUCCAUCUUAUCUAUCGCCGGCGGUGCGCGCACUCAAACAGGGCUGCUUUGGACUAACACCUCCCAGCAAUGCACGCACACGCGCCCCCUUCAAGCCCCGCUCGGCCGCCAAGGGCACGAGCAGUUAUCAGCUACGACAAUUCGCUGAAGCUACACUUGGAAGUGGUAGCUUGCGCAAGGCUGUGAAGCUUCCCGAAGGCGAAGAUCAGAAUGAAUGGCUGGCCGUCAACAUUGUCGACUUCUACAACCAGAUCAACCUUCUCUACGGCUCAAUAACCGAGUUCUGCUCACCGCAGACAUGUCCCGAGAUGAAGGCUACAGAUGAGUUCGAGUACCUCUGGCAAGACUCGGAGAGUUUCAAGCGGCCAACCAAGAUGUCUGCCCCGGAAUAUAUUGAACACUUGAUGGCUUGGGUUCAGAGCAAUGUCGACAAUGAGCAAAUGUUCCCUAGCCGGAUCGGUGUUCCAUUCCCCAAGACCUUCCCCAGUCUUCUCCGCCAGAUCUUCAAGCGUCUAUACCGUGUCUACGCCCACAUCUACUGCCACCAUUACCCAGUGGUAGUGCACCUCGGCCUCGAGCCUCACCUGAAUACCAGCUUCAAGCACUAUGUCCUGUUCAUUGACGAGCACAAGCUUGCUAGCGGAAAGGACUUCUGGGGACCGCUGGGUGAUCUGGUGGAUAUCAGGGAUACUGACUAG